AUGUUUCCUCCCUCGCUCCUGGAGGUGAUCCAAGAGUCCUUUGAGGACGUUCCACUGGAUGAGACCUUGUCGCGGUCCACCACGGCACGCUCUUUGCCCCGAAAGCGAGCCGUUCAGGGCCCCAGCACCGCAGAGAGCAGCUCGCAAGACGGCUUGGUGAUUACGCCGUCCCAGCGGCUGCGAUUGAGCCAAAAGAAGCGAGCCAUGGCCGCCGAGAUGAUGAAGCGGUCGUCUGUGCUCGAUACCUCCGACUUUCUGUCGGAUGAUGAGCUUCCCGACGACCUUAUAGUGUAUAACGUGCCGUACACGCGGCCGCUCCGGUCACUGUCGCAACACGAGCAGGCGUACCGGCCAUCACCGCUGCGGCCGCUGCGCAAAUACGGCUCUGUGUCGAGUUUUUCGAGCUUUGGCUCGCCCAAGACGCGCGCGUCCUCGAUCUUCAGUGCUUCUUCCGAUUUAUCGGAGCUGAGUCUGCUGGAGGACGACUCAAAGUUUAGUGACGACGCGUGUAUGCUCACUCUGAGCGAAGACCCGCUCGUGAACGAGUCGCUCGAGCGCAUCGCGAUGCUCAACAGCUACAAGCAUCUUUCUGCGCCAACCACGUCCAAGGAGAAGCUAAACUACCUGACGGUGACGAGACAGACCAACCUGCCGCCUAAAGACCCGCGUGAGGCUUCUAAGCACACCAGAGACUACCAGCAGCUGCUGCAGACGCAGAUUGACCAGGAACAGAAAAAAAUGGCGGAGAGGAAGCGACAGCUCGAGCAGCAGGCCAAGCAGACGGAAAAAGACCGUGCCGCGUGGCGCGCCGUGUUGCGCAACUACGACAGCCUCGUGUGCUUGGCAGAGACACGGGAGCUGUGGUGGCGCGGCGUGCCGGCAGACUUGCGCGUCAACGUGUGGAUUAGACAGAUGGGCCGGACGGAGCUGACCGACUGCGAGAUUGUGCGCUAUCUGAACGACGCAGAUGAUAUUAUCAACAAGGCGUGCGAUUUCAAGGUGCAACGGCCCGACCCGAAGGAAUUUGCCUUGCAGAACAACAAAAACAUCCAGCUGAUUAAGAGCGUCGAGAAGUACUCCGACCUGAUCCAGCAGGCUUUUCCCAACCUUCUAAUAUUCCAAUUCGGACAGGCGUUCGACUCGAUUCUCAAGGUGAUGCUUGCGUUCAACUUGCACCAGCGCGAGUCGGGCAACCGGCAGUUCCAGCAGAUCCAGCUCACAAACCUGGUAAAUCUUAUCUGCGUGCUCUACUACAACUUGCGCGACGAAAAACUGACUCUGCGCAUGUUUGUGAAUUUGGUGUCGAAAAAACUCAUUUUCCAUCUUCUGGUGGACACAAACAACGAGUACUUAGAGGACAUUGCGGGCCAGUUCGACAAGUUCCUUGCGAAAACAAGCCCUGCCAUCCACGCGCAUUUCAAAGCGGUCGGCUUGCAACCGCUCACCGUCAUCGCCAACACUGUGCCCAGUCUCUUCUCCAAAUGUCUCAAUAUGGACGUGUGCAGCCGGCUUGUCGACAUAUACAUCUUCGAGGGCGACACGUUCCCGCUGCGCGUGCUGCUCGCGCUGAUCCGCAAAAUUCAAUAUAAAUUAUUGGGCUCCAAAGAAGAGAUUUGCAACGUGCUGGGCCACGAGUGUCUGGCGCAUCUAAACAGAUCCGAAAAAUAUGCAUACAGGUAUUUGGACGUCGGCGACGCUAGAGAGUUCAUCGCGGAUGUCCGCACGGUGCUGCGCCGCCAAAGCGUACCACAAUGAUACCUUCCUAUAUUAUGUAAUAUACGUACAUAUUCUACAAACGUCACUGGCAGCUUUGCACUUUUUCAAGCAGGUUCUUGCCGUCUUCGGCCGUCUUGACGCGCGCGAUAUACGUCUCGAGCUUGCCGUCGGGCAAAAACGUUGGGAUCCGCAUCGAGUUGCCCUUUCCAAUCAGCUCGUACUUGACGUCCUUCAAAAUAGCCACGUUCAGCAGCACGUUCAUGCUGCCCUCGGACCGCACCAGAAUCCGCGACUUGCCCGUGUCUGUGUUCUUUAGCACCUUGAGCUCGCCCAGCCCGAUCGACUUGUACGGAUCCGCCUUGUCAGCCGCGUCAAACCUGAGCACCUUGGAUUUUUUCGUGUACAAAACCGUCUCGUUUUCCUCGCCGGUUUUCGUGUCCACCUUCUGUGUCAGCUUGACAACGGCAAAGUCACCCUUGACGUCUUCGUUCUGCACCUCGUCGUCGUCGUUGGCAGCUUCGUCCUUGGAUUCUUCUGGUUUCGGCGCAGAAAAGUUGAAGUUGAACGUAGAGCUAGCAGGAGCAGUGUCCUGCGACUUGGAUGCAAAAUUGAACGGAUUGGACACGGCAGGCGUUUGUGCGGGCUGCGACGAGAAGUUGAACCCAUUCGAAGGGGCGGAGAAUGAGAAAGCAGGCUUGGCCGGCUCGGAGAAGGCAGAAGAGCCAAACGAAAAUGUUGGUUUUUGAUCCGGUUUUUGGUCCGGUUUUUGGUGCGGCUUCUGCUCUUCUUUGGUCUCCUUUGGCAUGCUGAACGAGAAUGCUGGUGUUGCUGCUGGUGCCGCUGCUGGUGUCUUUGAACUUUCCUGCUUUUCCUGUUUUUCAGCUGGCUCUGGCUGGCUGCCAAACGAGAACGCCGGAGCAGCUGUCUGACCAAACGAAAACUUAGGAGUCUCUUUGGUCUGCGUCUGGCCAAAAGUAAACGCUGGCUUAUCCUCCUUUUUAUCCUUCUCCUCUUUCGUCGGCAGCUUGAACACAUCAUCUUUGAUCUGUGUGCCUCCAGGAAGUUGGAACUUUGGGCCUUCUAUCUUGACGUCAUCAUCCGAAUCCGAGUCCGGAGGCGGAGCCUGGCCGAACUUGAAUCCGUAGUUCUUUGAUUUAGGCAGCGUGUCAAGCUUGAACGCUGGUCCUUUUAUUUCCACCGGCUUUUCCUCCUCUUCCUCGGCUUCCGCAGGCUUGUUAUCACCAAAACUGAACUGCGGGUUCUUCACCUCGCCGACCUUCACGUCCACUUUCGGCACCUCUGCCUUUUUCACUGCAAUUUUAUUAUUCACCACCUUGUCGUAAUACUCAUUGUACUUGGACAAAAUGGGACGCAAGUCUGCAAUAGGGUUCUUCUGAAUAGCGUUGUUGACGGCCUCCAAAAACAGAGCAUUCAAGGAUUUAAACUGUGUAGGCUGGUCGUUGAUAACCUCCUCGGUGGGCUUUGAGAAUGCAACCGUAUUGGCUGGUUUACUAGAUUGUUCCGUGGCGGAGGCCCCGAGGAAACCAAAAGCUCCGCCAACUUUGGGCUCCGGCUUAGAGCCGUUCACAGCCUUGAGCCGCGGCUUCAACUUGGCAAUAGGCCGCGAGGCCAUCACGUCCGCAGAAGCACGCUUGGCUCCCUCGAACACUUCCUCGUCGCUGUCGUAGUCUUCGGCAAGAGCUGCGUCUGCCGUGAGCUGAGAUUUGCUUCUUUUAGCCAUGGUGAUUCCACAAAACACGAAGCAGUUGACCUGUACACAAACACGAGGCUCUAGCGCGUUUUAAG